AUGGAGGCAGAAGGCGACCCGGAUCUCCAGCCUCCAGCGCCGGGCCUUGGUCGCAGGGGGUCCCCGGCGCUGCUGGUGCCGUCGAAGGUUGCCCGAGCCUUGGUCCUUGGACUUCUCUGGGGUAUCAUUCCAAUCGUGGAAAGCAGCCCCUCCUAUAUGGGUGUCUGUUCGGGCCACCCUGACAUCCGAGGGGAGUUCCCUGGCCAGAUACGUAGCCCUUCUGUAAAGGGGGCGCCAUAUGGGAGCUGCAGCUGGGUGAUUGUUGGCGGGCCUGACGAUAUCAUCUCCAUCAAGUUCCAGCGGUUCCGUCUCAUCUGCAGCUCGGAAAUGCUGACGAUUCAUUCGCCCUUCCAGCCAACCAAGAAAUUCUGCGGCUACAACAUCCCGGAGCCCCUACAGAUAAAGGGGGGUAACGUGACCCUGAGCUACAGCUGGAAGUUCAUGGUGGGAGAUGGGUUUCUACUGAAAUACGAGAGAGAAUGGACAUUUUCCAAGCCGAGGAUCACCACGUCUUGCGGCCAGGGACGCAGGUGUUCAAGUACAACCUCCAGCACUGUCCCAGCAAGUCCGGCCAGCGGGUGGGGAUAUGAGAUUGCCGAAGAAACGGGUUGGCCACCCUGGCUGGACCAGCCAAGUCGAGGGAAAACAACAGAGAGCUCAGAGUUUCUGCAAAGACAUUCGUCAGACAGGCCAAGGGGAGAAUCGAGAGCUCUGCUAUGCAACCUCUCCCUGGACAACUUCUACGGGGUGAUUUUUUCACCGGCGUUUGCCCCGGAUGCGCACCCAGGGGCUGCCCACUGCCAGUGGGCCCUGGACGCCCACGACAGCCGUCCGCUGAGCAUCCGCUUCACUGUCAUCGAUUUGGACGUCCGGGACACUCUGCAGGUGUACGAGGGGACUCCUGACAGCACACGCUCUCCUCGCUUGCUCCGCAACUUGGACUAUACCAGCAACGGCAAAGUUGUCUCUGUUGACUCCCCGUCCAGCCGCGCGUGGGUCCAGUACCAGGCUGUCCCAGGAACAAUACGCUUGGGGUUCAACGCCACCUACCACGUGCGGGGUUACUGUGUCCCGUGGGAUUUUCCAUGUGGCGGUGGGGACGGUGAAGGCGCCAGCUGCUAUAGUGCAGCUGAGCACUGCGACGGCAACUGGGACUGUGCCAACGGCGCCGACGAGGACGGCUGCGGCGGCUGUCCGCACGGGCAGUUCCCUUGCGGAGGGCGAGGCACCGGCGGGGCCACUUGCUAUGGACCUGCCGACCGCUGCAACUACCAGACCCUGUGUGCCGACGCUGCUGAUGAGCGGCGCUGCCACACGUGCCAGCCGGGGAAUUUUCGGUGUCGGGAUGGGCGCUGCAUCUACGAGAGCUGGGUGUGCGACGGGCAGGCAGACUGCACCGACGGCUCCGACGAGGCGGACUGCUCCUACGUCCUCCCGCGCAAAGUGGUGACGGCGGCUGUGAUCGGCAGCCUGGUGUGCGGCCUCCUCCUGGUGAUCGCAUUGGGCUGCACUUGCCGCCUCUACGCUCUCCGGAGCCAUGAGUUUGGGAUCGUAGCCCCCAUGUCCCGGAUGGAAGCCCAGAUGAUCCAGCGGCAAGCUCCACCUUCCUACGGGCAGCUCAUUGCUCGUGGUGUCAUCCCCCCGGUCGACGGCUUCCCAACAGAGCAUCCCAAUCAGAACUCGAUGCUGGGGAAUUUGCGGUCUCUGCUGCAUCUGUUACGCCGUGACCCGGCUGCUACUGCUGCCGCCAAUGGGGGCUGCCACCCCCACCGCAGUCGCUUCCUGCGCCGCUUAGCGAGGCGUAUGCGUCGGUGGGGACUCCUCCCUAGGGCCCCUCCAUCUUCCUCCACCACGACAACUGUAACUGCUGAUACCACCUCUUCUUCCCAUUCUGCUCCCGAUACCCAGCCUGAGGUGGUUUCGGGGGAAGAAAACACGACUUCCGUCCAACAUGAAGAUCAGGCCCCGCCUCUUCCUCAGAAAGUCCCUCCUACUCCCGAGCCAUUCCCGGAGCCCCAGGCUCCUCGCCCUCCUCCCACUCCACGGCUCUCAGGGAUGAUGCAAACUCUCCGGGUGCGGCUCUUUCCCCCUGCACCUUUGUGCUCCGUAGAGGCAGGUGACACCCUCGGUGUGUUCCCGUCCCCCGAGGAUGAAGACGACGUGUUGCUGGUACCUCUCACUGAGCCACGGCUCCAGAAUACAGAUGCCACGUGGGACGACGAACCCCUUCUGACCUGACAAUCUCACCGAUUCCCCCUCCCAGCCAAGGUGACCCCCUCUAUUUCUGUCUUAACACUGGACACUCCCUUUAAGUUCACAGCCAAUUUAUAGCGAGUGAAGUAGGAAUGAAAUAAUUGACUGGCAGCUUAAAAUUAAAGGUUCUUAAAGGUUCUGUUUCCACUCUUGGCAUUGGACCAAGAGUGUAGAUUGUUGGGGCCACUGUGACGGUCCCAUCUUCUGACUUUCCAGAGGGUGCAAAAUUUCAGUGCCGCUGAAUAGUCGUUAUUUGUGUGCCAGUUAAAUAACAUUUCUUAAAGGGGAUGUUGGUCAUCUGGGAUUAUGGCUUUUUUGUGACAAGCCAUGAGAAAAUCGUUCUGGGUCUCGCCAGUCAUCUUGACUUUCUUUCGUCUUUUUUCAGACCCACGGGCCAUAGGCCGCGGUUCAGCUGGCACUGAAAUAUGGCUUUUUCUGGGGAACAGGAGAAGUACAUGCACUUGACAUUUUAAUAAAUGUUCUUAGAAAGUGAGGAGGUGGAGAAGGAAAAUAAAUAUGUUCUUGCAGGGAGACACGACCAUAUUCCUUCUACCUAAACGGGAAGGAAGCAGAGAGAUUUGUUUAGCAAUCAAAAAUGGCUCUUAAAGUCAAUGACUGUACGGGCUGAACCCCGAGCACGGUUUUGUAAUGAUGCAGUACAGAAAAGCAUAAUGUGCUUUCGGCAAGAAAAUUAUUUUUUAAUGAAGUUGCAGCAAGACUUCUAAGAAGAUAACAAAGGUAAAAAAAAAUUUGAAGUUGGUGACUCCUUUGGAAGUCUUUUGGGGGGGGGGGGGGCGGUGGUCAAAAAAAUACUGUUUUAAGACAAAGACAGAAGCUAUUUUGAUCUUUUACUGAUGUUUUGUAAGUAAAUUAUUUUUUAAAGUACAGCAAGCGAGAGGAGUUAAAUUUUUGCACAAGGCCUUGUCGUAUCCAAUCAGCUGUAAAUAAGGGAAAUUUUGUACGGAGAAUUAAAAGUAAUUUAGUCGUGA